GUCCAUUAAUGAGCUGACCGACCCCACGCCUACCACCACCCUCGCUCUCAGGCAGGCAGCAGCAGCGCCAGCACCAGCUCCAGCAAAGAUACAUCUUCUUCCAGCCCAGCGGAGCACGGGAAGUAGGACACCACAAGCCAAAUAAACCCACGGGUUCUUCUGCCACCCUGCACCCCGAAGCUCGGUUAAAUCCAGCAGGGAGCACCACACGCGGCCGCCGCCUCGUUCGGGGGGUUGGUUUGAUUGGGAAUCUUUGUUCCUGAUGGGGAAUUGCGCCGGCGUUGAGGGGAACGCCGAGAUCAACCCUUCCUUCAGUGCCCCUAACUUGUCAGGGACCGGUUCCAAGAACAGCAGCAAGAAUGCAACCGAUAGCAGCACCUUUGGUACCAAGGCAUCUGGCUCUUCUUCGUCGGUGCCACCGACUCCUCGCACGGAGACAGAGAUCCUGGAGUCCUCGAAUCUCCGGAAGUUCUCGUUCAGCGAGCUGAAAGGCUCCACAAGGAACUUCCGGCCGGACAACCUGCUCGGGGAGGGGGGCUUUGGGUCAGUGUUCAAGGGAUGGAUGGAUGAGCGCACGCUUGCGCCUGUCAAGCCAGGUACUGGGAUGAUGGUUGCGGUGAAGAAGCUCAAGCUCGAUAGUUUCCAAGGGCACAGGGAAUGGCUGGCUGAAGUCAAUUACCUAGGGCAGUUAUCCCACCCUAAUCUUGUGAAACUCAUUGGGUACUGCUUGGAGGAUGAACAACGGCUUCUGGUGUACGAGUACAUGCCAAGAGGCAGCUUGGAGCAUCAUCUUUUCAGGAGGGGUUCGCACUUCCAACCGCUCCCAUGGAACUUACGGAUGAAGGUUGCGCUUGAAGCUGCCAGAGGUCUUGCUUUCCUGCAUGGUGAUCAGGCUAAAGUUAUUUACCGUGAUUUCAAGACCUCCAAUAUUCUUCUCGACUCGGAUUACAAUGCAAAAUUGUCUGAUUUUGGUUUGGCAAAAGAUGGUCCAAGUGGUGAUAAGAGUCAUGUAUCAACCAGGGUCAUGGGGACACAGGGCUACGCUGCCCCUGAAUAUCUUGCAACAGGCCAUUUGACCGCAAAGAGCGAUGUGUACAGCUACGGUGUUGUUCUUCUGGAGUUGCUAUCUGGGCACCGUGCUCUGGACAAGAACCGCCCGCCUGGCCAACACAACCUUGUGGAGUGGGCUAGACCUUACAUCACCAACAAGAGGAGGGUCAUGCAUGUCCUCGACUCACGAUUGGGUUCUCAGUAUUCGCUUCCUGCAGCACAGAAGACCGCAGCCCUUGCGCUGCAAUGCUUGUCGAUGGACGCGCGAUGCAGGCCAGGCAUGGAUCAGGUUGUGACUGUGCUAGAAAGGCUUCAAGAGGCCAAGGGUGCAGUGAAAACUGGCAAGUAGGAGGAUUGCUGGUUACUGAUGUUCAUACCUCUCUGGAAUGUAGUAUCCUCCUUUUGUAAUAUAUCAAGGGAGUAAAAACAGGAAACGGAUGAGGGACUUGGAAGGGCUGAACUUAGCUUCUGAAGGGAAUGUGUAAUAUAUCUUGCUUUGUGUAUAGCUAGUUGAAUCCUUGUUGCAACUUGUUUUCUACUUAUAUAUCUUAGCAGUACAUCGGCGUUGUAUCGCAA